AUGAUGAUUUCGAUCAGUCACCUACGACGAACUAUUGCUUUGAGCUUGCUGAUUUUUUUCAUCAGUGAAACAACGGGAUAUCCCUCGGGAAUUGAAAUUAUAAAUGCAUCAUUUUGUGGUGAGUGUCUCUCUUUUGAUUUAUUUUCAAUCCUCUUUCAAAGAUAUUCCGCCUACAAAAGCUGCUCAGCAAUUAUUACAAAAUGUUACUAGAAAUCGAGUGGCAAAUAAAAAAAAAUGAUAAUUUUUCAUAGGAGAAAAAUAAUGAUUACUUUUCUUACUUACAACUACCUUGAAAGUGAAGACAGGUACAUUUGGCUAAGCGUGGAUGAGAUUUUAGAUGUGAAAUUCAUGCCAUUCAUGAGGUGAUAAAUGAAUAAAGAAAAACUGAGCGUUACAAGGAAAAUUCGCCUCUCUUGAUUAAUCGACUACUUUUAAGGCCUUUAAGGAUCUUUCCAAUUUCAAUUUUUCUGUUUGUAUUCAUUAUUCCCGAUUUCCGAUUCCCUGGUUUUAUAAUUCAUUCUCCAUUCUUAAUCUUUUAUUCUCGAUUCAAAAUAAUUUCCGUUUCCCUUUUCAUCGCCCCCCGCCUAUUUUAAUAAAACCAGCUGCGGAUAAGACCAUUUUUUGAAAAGUCAAAACUUUUUCUCGACAAAAUGUAAAGAACCUGGCCAUCGUAAUGUUCUAUACAUUACUGUUUCAAAGCUUUUCGUGGGCCAGGAAAUGUUAACGUUAGAAAGAUGGGAACUGAAAGAUAAGUCAUUAUUUAUUGCUUGUUGGGAGGUUGGGUAGUGUGUACCUGAUCCCCCUUAAGGCUCUGUAGUAUUCUUAUCAUCUCUUCUCAUUAGCAAUUCUCUACAGUCCCCCCUUUAUAUGCCUUUAGCGACGACUGAUCCCCCGUCCCCUCCCGUGUGAUCCUGCCUAAAAACCUUCCAUCCCAGGCCCAAAAGUAUGGAGAAAUAAGAAUCACAUCAGCCAUUGACUAACUAGUGACUGAUCUGCAAACUGUGUUUUUUUUUCUUUUUCUAGAAACCAUUAAGGAUUAUAUGUUUAUGUACAAAGUUAAAUUCCCAGAGCGUCAAAAUAGCAUUGAAACUCAGGUCUAUUGUUGCAUUCUUUUUUAGGAAAGUAUGAUAAGCCUCCAACGUUUAAAAUUUCUCAUUGGCCUUUCAUUCCCACUGGUGUUCUUGUCAAUUUUAGUGUAACAUUUACACCAGGUAAGUUGAUGUCAAUUGGACAUGGAGGUGUUAUUAUAUUUAUUGUCUUUUUUUUUUUUUAAUGAAAAACUAUAUUGUAAAAACUGGGAAGGAGGAGAGGCUUAUGAAAUUCCAAGGCUUCCAGACGGGGGUUAAUCAGAGGAGAAGCUUUUCAGAGGUGGGGAGGGGGUAGGGGAUGCACAACUGAUAUAGCCCAUAUUCUAUGACUUCCUUUAUUACACAAGGUUAUUCUUGUCUCUUUCUUACUGAUACUUGCUUCUAGUAGUGGUGGAUGUUCUUGAAGCGAUAGUGCAAUACGAGUUGGUCUCAGACGGCAAAGUUAUCGUCAGGGACAGGGACGACGGUGUUUGCAUUUCUUCCCCAGAUCUGUGCAGCUUACCUGCUGGUGGUAAGUUUCCAAAAGGAGUUAAAAAAAAAACAAAAACAAAAAAGCAAAAAAAAAAACAAAACAAAACAAAACGAAACGAAACGAAACGAAACGAAACGAAACGAAAAAAAACAAAACAAACCAAAAAAAAACAAAACAAAGCAAAACAAAACAAAACAAAACAAAACAAAACAAAACAAAACAAAACAAAACAAAACAAAACAAAACAAAACAAAACAAAAACAAAAACAAAAACAAAACAGAAACAAAAACGGGUAAAAGGGUUAAAAAAAAUUUUUUGCACACAUAAGUCAUCUUACAUUUUCAAACAUUUCGAAAGCUUACCGAGUAUUCCGCUCAACGGAUUGUAUCGAAAUAAUAAAUCCUGCCCUUUAAAAAAUUCCAGACCAAACUCAAGGAAGCUUUUUCCAUCAACUGGGAAAAACCCAAUAAUCAAUUCAAUCAAAGUCUAUCAUACCAAUCUCACAUUUUCGCGUUAAUAAUUGUUUAUAUUACAUAGGUUCCUUUUCUCCUAUAUCUCUGUGAUCGUAGUCAUGCAUAUCUGUCGAGAUUAGAGUAAAUUUAAAUAGCUUCUUUUUCCAAAUAAUUUUUUAACCAAAGAAGGUGCGAGCUGAGACACAUCGAGACGUGUUUGAAAAAUCAAAAAAUGUCUAUUAUCUCUCCGAAUUGCAUUCUUGACGAUCUCGAACAGGUAGCUUCGAAUGCCAAAAAGAAAAAAAAAAACAGACAACAACAACAAACAAACAAACAAAAAUAAAAAAUAAAUAGCGUUAAAGUAUCCAGGCAAUCUAUUAUCAUUGAUUAUUUAUCGAUCUUAUAUAUUGCUCUUGGCGGUGUCUCUCAUUUUGACUGACCUUGCCUGAUUUUUGUUAUUAUUAUUAUUUUUGUCUUCUAGAAACCAAAGUGUGGGUUAGAUCUGAAAAAUUUCCGUCCAUUCCUCCAUUUUUCAAG